GUUACCCCAGCUCUCAGCUUCACACCAGCUCUGUGCUCACCGCCUCUUCGUCAACGGCCUCCACGCCCAGCUCACGAGUCUUGCUUCGUACAAGCUGACUUUGUUGUGGCAUCUCUGACCAGCUCUGGUCGCGGUUCACAAGGCCCAUCUGUUCCCAAGGGUCACAUUCUCCAUCAUGAGUGAACUCUUAUCACUUUCCGUCAUCCAACUCCUGUCGAUUUUCUCCUUCUUCACUUCGGUAUUCGCUGUUCUCAGGGUCGGCUCUGGCUCAUUCCACCGUCUCUCGCAUAAAUUUGAGUCGGACGUAGCUCGACCCGCUGCAGACCUUAACGUCGGAACUGCGAAAUGGAGUUGGAGCGGAUUACCCGUAUCAUUCUCUUUAAACACGAUACUUGGAGAAGAUGAGACAAAGGAACGUUCUCAUGAAGCACUUGGAGGAUAUACUGGAGGAGGCCAGCUUGUACGAAUGAACUGGCAAACAACAAAACAACAUGUGCCACCAUCAAUAUAUUACCAGCAAACACCGAUAUCCAUGGCCAAACUGAUUAUGUCUCGUCAUGUAUGUCUCCCCCCAUUGCACCAUUCUAUUCCCCCAGUUGACAAUACCGCCUUUAGUCACAACGGAAACCAUACCGGAUACCACGAAGAACACCUGGAAUGCCCCGGCCUACGCCUCCGUCACGACUCAUGGAAUCCGCUGUAUAGGCUAUAAGCCUCAGCCAGCUAUAUUCAUCAUUUUUUUCACUUCGGCGCAUACGAUAUCUCCAACUACUCCCAUCCCUCUGUUCGUUUUUGUGUCAAUCAAUCUCAUUUCCAUCUUGCAUAUUCGCAUCUGCGCUUCAAGUUUCAUUGCUACCAUGUCAUCUUCACAGCCUUCGGACUUUUAUCUUUAUUCUUUCUAUGUGUAUGUUGUGUAGGAUGGUGGAUAGACUAUCUGUUUGUUUAGUGUGUACGAGAGGGCAUGUACGUACGUAGAAUAUUCCCCAAAUCAUUUGCAGCUUUAGACUGCUCUAGUGCUCUCCCAGAUUGU